CCUAACACAGUGUUGCGAAACGUACAAAUGUAGUAUUGAAACAUUCCCAGUGAGUCGUAACUAUUGCGCCAAAAAGUCACCAAAAUAAACAAAUACACCUAAAACCAUGUCGGAUAUCGAAGAUGUGCCAGAAACCCAACUGGAAAUCGACGUUAGCGAUGGAGCAGGAUUGGAGGAAGAGGAUGACGAUGAUAUGGAACAGAUAACCGCUCAGAAGGUUUUAGAAAUUCUAGAGACGGCAUGGAUCAACGAAAUGUGCGCACCCGAAAUCCUGCCGAGUCAAACAGAUAUGCUGGAACUGAUGGUUUCUCAGGUGGCCCACAUGGAGGAGCAGAUGCGCGACCUGGACAAAAACGACUUCCGAGCUGUGGUGCACUCUAUGGAACUAGAGAGGGUGCGGUAUAUAAUGGCUAGUUAUCUGCGCUGUCGCCUCCAAAAGAUUGAAAACUUUACCCAGCACAUCCUGAACCAGGAAGCGAGUCGAGAGGCAGACGACAAACGCCUGUCACCCGAAGAGACCAAAUUUGCCCAAGAGUUUGCCAAUAAUGUAGAUGAGUACUUCAACAAGGUGGCCACCCAGUAUAUGCCCAAUCAGCAGAGAGGUGAAUCGGAGCAAAGGAUUGUAACGCCCAACAUGAUGAGCCAUGUCUUCCUGAAGGCAAAUGUAGCGGUGCCCGCUGUGAUCGUGGGUGUUGAUGACGAGGAGGUGGACAUGGCGGCCGGUUCUCAGCAUAUUAUUCCCUACCAACUAGUGGCAGACUUAAUACAAAACAACCAAGCGCAGCUAAUUUGAUAGCCUUACUUAAAGGGUGCAUAACAAAUUGUUUCAUUUUUGUUAAGAAAAUUAAAAGUCAUCCAUCAUAAGUUAACUUUUACAUUAAAAAAAAAAAUAUGAAAAAGUU